AUGUCCUUGUCCUUCUUCUUGGAGUCGUCCUUGGACUCGGGAUCGUUUUUUUUCGACUUGAAGUCAAACAAAUCCGUUGAGGGCAAAGACGUCGAUUUGGACAAGGAAGAGCCAGCAUAUGGAAUUCCAGCACCAGCUGGCCGAUUUCCGUUCCAAUUGAUGUCCGAAACGGUGCUUGCGAGCCGAAGCGUCGGCCAAAAGUCUAACGGACGACAAAAGGUUGGAGAUCAUCACCGGCUUGAACACGUUAAGCUCAAAUUGUCCAGAAGCACCAGCAAAGGUGAUACAGGCGUGGUUUCCAAACACCUGGGUGCAAACCAUGGUCAUGGCCUCGUUCUGGGUAGGGUUGACUUUUCCUGGCAUAAUGGACGAGCCUGGCUCGUUUUCUGGCAAUGCCAAUUCGCCGUAACCGCAACGAGGACCAGAUCCAAGGUAUCUGAUAUCGUUGGCGAUCUUGUACAGCGAGGUGGCCACGGUGUUGAGUGCUCCGGAGGCCUCGACAACGGCGUCGUGGGCAGCCAGGGCCUCGAACUUGUUUGGAGCGGUUUGAAACUGCAAUCCGGUCAGUUUGGACACCUCCGCAGCAACUUUCUCAGCAAAACCUUUCUUGGUGUUCAAUCCGGUUCCGACAGCGGUUCCUCCUUGAGCGAGGAAUCUGAGGGUCAAUGGAGUGGCAUCUUGCAAGUGAGUUCUUCCAAUCUUGAUGAUGUCGGCAAACUCCUCAGCCUUCUUGUCCAACGAGUCUCUCAGGGCCUUCAUUUCCGGCAACAAAUGGUUGGUGAUCUCGGUGACGGCGGCAAUGUGCAUCACUGUUGGGAAAGUGUCGUUCGAAGACUGCGACAUGUUGACAUGAUCGUUAGGAUGAACGGGUUUUUUAGAGCCAAGAGUUCCGCCCAGAAUCUCAAUGGCUCUGUUACUGAUCACCUCGUUGGCGUUCAUGUUGGACUGGGUUCCCGAACCGGUCUGGAAAACAACCAAUGGAAAAUGGUCAACAAGCUUUCCAUCGGCAACCUCAGUGGCAGCCUGUUUGAUUGCGUCAGCCAAUUUAGGGUCCAACACACCAAGCUCCUGGUUGACAGUGGCAGCGGCUUUCUUCAAGAUUCCAAAAGCAUGCACAAUUGGAGCAGGCAUGAUCUCUCUUGGACCUCCGAUCUUGAAGUUCUGCAACGAUCUCUGGGUCUGGGCUCCCCAAUACUUGUCGUCAGCAACUUGGAUGUCUCCAAAGGCAUCCUUCUCUGUUCUCAUGGCUCUGGUGGUGGCCGAAAAAGCUCUUGUUCCAAUGGUUUUAGCACUCAAUCUGACACUUAG